AUGCAUCGCCAACUCUUCCUCUCUCCCCUUCUCCACCACUCCAUCGCCACCAUCAUCUUCAUCCUCAUCACUUUUCCGACCUGUAAUGGCGACGACGAUGACCAGUACACAAUCUGCAACACCACCCUCUACCACUGUGGCGCAACCAUUCAGAACGUUAGCUACCCUUUCUGGGGAGCCAACCGCCCUCCGUUCUGCGGCGUUCCCGGGUUUCAACUCACCUGCAAUAACAAUAAUUACACCACCAUAGACAUAAACAAUCAGAAUUUUCGUCUCCUAAGCAUCAACUCAUCCACUCACUUGGUCACCAUUGCUCCUACCGAUCUCUGGGACGAUAUUUGUCUGGACAACUUCAAUUACUCGAUUCUAGAUGACACCCUCUUUAGUUACGGUCCAGACGUUCGAAAUCUCAACGUGUUCUAUGAUUGCCGAGGUCGCAGCCUUAAUAUAUCUGUUAGGAAUAGAUUUACUUGCAUGAUGCGUGGUUCAGAGAGGGUUGGCUUUUACGCUGACGAAUCGUUUUCGUCGGUUCAGUUACCGGAAUUUCAGCCAUGUGAGCGUACUAUGACCGUUCCUGUUCUUCGGAGGGCUAUUCAGAGAUUCACACCGAAUGAGACCAUUGAAUUGCUGGAACUAUUGAAUGAGGGUUUUGACGUGGAGUAUCGGAUAGAGGAUUUUUGUUCGGCUUGUCAGACGUCCGGUGGGUUGUGUUGGUCUGGCACGAAUUCUACACAGCCCUCAUGCCUUUGUAAAAACAUUGAAGCUCAUCCGCUCAUGUGCCCGGAACAAGGGGUCCCAACUCGAUUGUACGAGGCGGGUUAA